AUGAAGCUGCUGAGUGUCCUGAUUGGGGCGUCUGCAGCAGGGGCUCUAGCAGCCUCCACGAGCGAUGUGACUAAAUUCUCCUCCUUUGCGCAGCGCCUCGGGCUGUCCACUGCCAAUACCCGUACCCUGGCGGCGCAGUAUGCAAAGGCUGGGGACCCCGUUGCUAUUUUGAACAUUGCCUGUUUGACUGCCCAGGGCGUUCUUGGCACCGAGAAUGUCGAUACAUUGCCCCUCAACCAGACUACUGUGGAUGCGAAUUGGUCCGAAUCAUGCGUCGCAGAGCCCCACUGCAUCAUUCAGCCCGAGGAAGCCCAGGAUAUUUCCACAUCGGUCAAAGUCAUCAAUUUCUUCCAGGUGAAAUUUGCAGUGCGCAGUGGCGGACACUCGCCGAACCCCGGCUGGUCCAGCGUCGGUGGCCAAGGUAUCCUGCUCGAUUUGUCUAGAUUGAACUCUGUCAGCCUGUCGACCGAUGGCCAGAUAGCGAGUGUCGGUCCUGGUCUUCGCUGGGGCGAAGUUACGGCGGCAUUAGACGCUGAGAAGGCCGUGGUGAUCGGGGGGAGAUUGCCCUCGGUGGGUGUCGGUGGUCUGAUUCUCGGAGGAGGAUACCAUCACAUGUCUAAUCGCUUUGGCCUGGCAGCAGACAACGUGAAGAAUUUCGAGGUUGUUCUGGCAAACGGAACCAUUGUCAACGCCAAUGCAAAGCAGAAUAAUGAUCUAUUCUGGGCCCUCAAGGGCGGUGGCCCCAACUAUGGCAUCGUCUCUCGUUAUGAUCUUAACACCGUGCCGGCCUACGAGAUCUGGGCGCAAAUGAUGAUUUACGCCCCUGAUCAAGCCGGCGCCGUUCUAGAUGCCUUUACGGAGUGGCAGCUCAACGGAGCCUCGGAUGUCAAAUCGACCGUGGCCAUUGAUAUCUCCUUGACGUCUAUAGUCAUUGGACUUGUUUACUCCGAGCCAGCCAACAAUCCCACCGCAUUUGCGCCAUUCUAUGAUCUGGAACCGCUGGCGACUCCCGUCCCAGCAAUGAACACCACGUUUGUCGUCAUUGAUCAACUCCUGGGAUCCUCCUUUCCUGUCGCGAGCGGUCGACACGACUAUCGCGGCUGCAGUACCCGCAUCGACGCCAAAUUGACCCGGGAUGUCUACGACUACUGGCUGGAGAAGGCCCAGACAGCUCACCAGACCACCGGGGUCAACCAGACCUUUGCUCUGCAAUACGUGGGAGAGAACCUCAUCCAGAAAGGGAUUGAGAAUGGUGGAAAUGCCCUGAAUAUCCGAUCCGGUCCCCAGCAAUGGUGGACCACCAUUGUGAACUGGGAGAAUAAGGCUAUUGACGAGGCCGCCCGAUCCGUUUCCAUCGAGACGACAAAGUACUGGCAGAAACUAGCCAAGGAGCGUGGGCUGGAUGUGUCCUUUACGUACAUGAACGACGCCUCCCGCGACCAGAACCCCCUGGCAUCCUAUGGGGCGACGAAUUUGAAGAAGCUGAAGUCAACUGCUAAGAAAUACGACCCCACGCAGAUGCUCCAAAAGUUGCAGAACAAUGGGUUCCUGCUCUCGAAGGUGUAG